AAGAAGGAAGAAGAAAUACGAAUGUUACCCAUAAAGCUUGAAGAUGUCAACAAUGAUAAAACUGAUGACGAAAGUGAUCGCAAAAUGUUGGUUGAUAAUGACAGUAGUAAUAAGAAAGUGAAUAGUGAAAUAAAAAGACCUACCAAAAAUGAACUUGCUAAAAGAACGCUUAUGGAGAUCGAUGCUGAAAAAGACAAAGCCUUGAAAGGAAAUGCGAAAGGUCUUGAAAGUAAUAAAUUUGUUGGACAAUUUGACCCUA